CGUUCCCCUUCGGCUCGCUAAAGACAUCGGGAUCUCCUUCACCGUGGUCCUCAAACGAGGCUCGCGCUCCGCCAGGCACACAUCUCACGCACUCGCCGCUCACGCUCGCUCAGCAAACAAACUGAAUCGCAGGAAGCGGAGGAGGAGAAGGCAAAAUGAGGAUAAGCUGCGUGAUUCUGCUCGGCGCGACGCUGCUCGCGACUAUCGUCGCUGCCAGCCCCGUUGUCAAGAGGGAAGCGGAGUCUGAAGAUCUGAGUCCGUUGAACGAGGUGUACAUCCUGGAGGCCGACAGCGAGCAGGCGGCCGACGAGGACAGGAGCGACAGGGACAAGCGGAAGAUCGGCGUGGUGAAGCUCGGCAUCUCGAACGGGAUCAUCAAUUUCGUCUUCGGCAAGCUAGACUCCUUCCUCGACUCGAAGACGAAAGCUCUGGCGGUGCUGGACGAGUCGAACAAAGCGAAGAACGCCGCGUUCGGCAUCGACGCGCACCAUUCGGCCACCAGCAAGUUCAUCAGCGAGCUGGUCGCCUCGAAGAUAAAGGCGACCAGCGCGAGCGUCGGCCCGGUGGUGAACAGCGCGACGACGUUCCUCGCGAGCGCCAAGAGCGGAUUGGCCGGCGCGUUCGCCUCGAAGCUGGCGCCGCUCAGCUCCAUCGCCACCGGCCUGUCGGCCGGGACCGCGGCCAAGUUCGACGGACACGGCGGCGCGAGCAUAGGAGUUUCAGAUCACGGUAACGGCGGAGGCGCCUCAGCGGCGAUCCUAGGGAACCUGCUCAGCUCGAGCCUCAGCAGCCUGUCGGCGUUGAGCCAAAGCGGGGGAGGAACCUCAGAUUCCUCGGACAAGAACGAGGCCAGCGCCGGAAUUAACCUUGGAGCGUUUGCGAAUAUAGGCGGAGGGGAAAGGAUCACGACCACCACGGAGAACAUCCCGGAGUUCGACAGGACGAAAGUGUCGUUAGACGUGCCAUCGGAGGCGUUCGGCAGCGGUUUCUCCGUGAUCACGAACAUCAGCAAGAUCCUGAGCAGCGUGAUACUCAACUCAGCCCGCCGAACACAGACAGUCCUAGAGGUAUUCAAGCCGUUCUUCCGCGGAGCGUUCGCUAUCAAGGGUCUUCCUUCUGACAAUCAUCAUUAGAAGAUUCUGUUCAUCGAUCUGUCACUGAAAAAUAAGCUCAAAGAAACAUUCAGGGAUUCCUGCGUCGACGUUGAUCUGGCUGAGAUCAAGCGAGAUCGAAUCAAAAGGAAUAUUCCAAAGACACGUGAACAUAGUCUGCGUUACAAAGUUAGGGUUAUAGUUGAAACUGUAAUUAACACGUUCGUUAACUAGUGGGAAGGAUUUUGAGUGGAAGGAUAGAUUCAAGGUAGCGAUAUUUAUUGAACAAUUCAACGUAGAGGAUGAUUUUUUUAACGUAGAGAAUGCUAUUUAAGAAACCUGUGUACUGUUGCUCUCAUUAACACUGCAGCAUUGUUACUAGACCUCGCAUUUUCAUGUGAAAUUAUUGAUAAAACAACGUCAAAAUAUUCACAAGACUUCAAUGUACAAUACACCUUGAUAGAAGACUUCGAAAAAUUGUAUUGCACAGUUAAAUGGCGUCCUAGAAUCCGAGACGCCUCAGCGCGCAACCUAUUUGCAUGCCGACACUCCGGAGAUUUCAACGCGUGGCAAGCGAGUGCUCAUGCUCUCCGGUGAGUUCAACGCGUGGCGCCGGCGCGCAGCAGCAACUUGUUCGCACGCGAUUCUGUUGCGAACUUUACAUCUACAAAUUAAUGAGAGUAACUGUACGCACAUGUGAACCGUUUAUUUAGAAAGUGGCUAAGUCCAUUAAAAAAGAGAACCGUGUAAAAAUUACAAGAUAAUGCAGAAA